AUGUCGGCACACGCCAGCUCGCUCAAGGCAGCUCCAUCAUUACCCAAAAUCCCUUCAUCGAGCUCUGGUCCGGCACCGUCGAUGGUGGCCGCACGAGCAGGCGAGGAUCAGGAUGCUCUGGACGUAGGCACAGAAGUCAUCGAUAUGGAAAUCUUCUCCCAACUGCUCGAGAUGGACGACGAUGACACGCACGAGUUCUCGAGACCGCUGGCAGUAGAAUACAUCGAACAAGGCGCCAAAGCCGUGAAAGACAUUGAGAUCCUCCUGGACGAUGAACUAUCCGGAUCGCAGAGUAUUGACGUCAGGUUGAAGACAUUAUCAGAGCUCGGGCACUUCCUCAAGGGCUCCUCGGCCUCUCUGGGACUGCUCAAGGUGACAAAGACGUGCGAGGCCGUUCAGAAUGUCGGCAAGCCUAGAGAGGGCACAACCAAAUUUAGAGAUCAAGACGAGAAAGAAGCCGCUCUCAGGCGUCUCCGCCAUCUUACGCUCAAGCUCAGCGACAGGCAAGCAGAGGCUACACGAGAGCUGCGGACGCUCUGCUCAAUCUGA